AGGAGAGAAAGAAAAGAGAGCGCGGCCACAAAGGCGGCGGUCUACCCUCAUUAUUAAAAUAACUCCUCCUAGAGGAUCGUUUUUCCUUCCAAACGAUCGUUCGUAGUGCCAACUUCUCUUCGCACCCUCCCCUCCCCUCCUUCUCAUCUUCCUCCGCCGAAAAAAAAGAAGAAGAAGAAGAAGAAAAUCUUCGAUCCUUCCGCGAUCUUUCAGUUGACGAUCUUUUUUUUUCAACGAUGGUUCGAUGUCUUCCUCUUGGCUUUUCGAGAAAGAAAAGAAAGAAGAGGAGCGUUAACGCGCGAGAAUUGGAUCGAGAGAGCACCCUUCGAGUUCCACGCAUGCCUGUUGCACCUGCGAAUCGCGUCGUGCGAUCCUCGCUCGUGUCGCAGACUCGUUACAACAGUCUGUAUCGAUCGUAGACGAGCAUAAAAAUUUAACGAAUCGAGAUCGAGGGGAUGGCAACGUUUUUCUUUAAUCAUCCGUGACCCGAAAUCCAAGGUAUUUGAGAAGUAUCGUUCGAAUUGCACGGAUGGAAAGGAACGGCCGAGCCACGGAUGGAAACGGGCACCGUGGAGAAUGGAAAACGGGCACAACAACUCGCGACCCAAAAAUACUUGAUAAAAAUCACCACGGUCGUUACGAGGAGCGCAGCUGCAAGCAUCACCAAAGAAAACACACGGAAAUAGAGCGGACACGAAGCUAGAGCCGUACACUUUGAGCGCGCGCGAGCGAGCCUGAGCCGCUCGUGUCACCGAUCGAGUGGAUCUAGAAGGAGGAAGCGAGAGAUCGAACGAAAUUUCCGAGAAAUUGGAGGAAUCCGAUAAAAGUCCUGGACUCGCAAGUAUACAUAAACAGGAAUAUGGAAUAAGGAGGGAUGAUGGAACACGUUUACAUGGAUGUCGGACGAUCCAUGUAGUACAUAUUUUGAAUGUAGGGUGGAAUAUGUGCGCACUGGAUGGAAAAUCGAGGUGUGGCAGCAUUUACCGGAAAAUCGAAGGCAACUACUUCUCUAAUACGCUUCGUAAAAUUCAAUAAAUUCUACUUUCGACAACAGAAACGGGUCACCCGUGCUAGUUUAUGCAACUAUACGUUCAAAUAAAAGAUAAUCGUUGUUAUCGACUUUGCCCAUCGAGCUAUGGUUACCGGAUGAGGAAAGAUCAGAUCAGUUCCGGUUUGACGCUAUUCUUCGGAAAGCAUAUUCAAUUUUCUCUUCUAAUUAAUAAAAUUGCGUAUAAAUUUCAUAUUUAAGAUUUAUGUCCAAUCAGAAAGCUGCUAAGGCCCAGUAAUUGGACGAAUCGUAUAUGGCGUCAGUUUACUAUCAAGAAUCACGAAGAGAGGAUGCGUUACAACGACUCAGAUCAUCGAUUGAUUAUUGGGAUAGAUUGGGAAUCUACGAAGCGAGAAAAAAUUCAAUAUGGACGCUAACGACCAUUCGACGUGAUCGAAAAAAAUUUUUGUGAUCACGUGCAAUGUGGUCGGUAGAGUCAGUGUUUUUUUCGUAAUAUGUCACAUUUUUAGAAUAUAAUAAGUUUUAAUUUAAAAUAAUCAUACGCGAAAUUAGAAUCAGUGUUUGUUCGCCAAUUAUACGAUAUAAAUGGAAACGUAAAUAGGUUUUUAUUUUUAUUUUUUUAUUUUAAAAGUUCGUUUUCGGUAUAGAAUCAGUGCUUCUUUCAAGAAAAUAAGACUAGAUUAUCCAUCAUGCAAAAAGAAGUAGGAAAAUCACGAGCAGAAGCAUGGAUCUGCUCAGCGUGUCCUUUCGAUCGAUGGCGGAUCUGGAGCCCGAACAGGAAGAAUUUCUCGAGUUGGAGGGACGGAGUAUCGUCGAGAAGGUGGAGCCGUCCGAGAAAUCGAGACUAAUAUCGGGGGACGAGGAAUCGGUCGAUAAUGGAGAGAAAAAUUCGUUGAAGGAUUUGAGGACGAUCAAUUUGAACGAAGUUGCCUGGCACGAUACCGUAGACAGUUGUUGGAUCGUGAUUCGAGAUUUUGUGUACGAUUGCACGGAUUUCUUGAAAAGUCAUCCCGGUGGAUCCGACGUGAUACUCGAAUACGCCGGCAGAGAUGCGACCUUGGCCUUCAUCGGCACCGGACACUCGUCCGCAGCGAUUCACAGUUUAAAGAGGUACCUGAUCGGUGAACUUCCGGUUGAGGAGAGGAUCUUUCGUGUACCGAAUGGCCUAAAAAUUUCUGCGUCUUAAUAUUUGGAUAAAAGAAAGAAACUUUUUUUUUACAAAUAUGAUUACAAUUAUAUUAUAUUGUGUAUUCGAUAUUCGAAGAUGAUUUUGAAAUUUCGUUGAUCGAGAAUAGAAUUGGCGUGAGUUUAUUAAUCAUCGAUACGAUUAGAAAUCGAUCAGGGAUUAGGGAUCGAAGUUCAAAUUCGAUUAAAGUUUUUAAAAGAUGGUACGUUUAGUUUUACGAAGGAUUUAAUCCGUAUCGUUGCCGUCCUUUUUCAAAUCAAUAUUAUAUUAAGUUUUUCAAGUUCCUUUUUCUUUUGGGCAUUUUUUUGUUUUUAAUCGAAUAAGAAACGAGGAAUGUUUAAUUUAAACGGAUUAUUGUCCGAUACAUUCAAACUGAAGAUGAAAGUAAGCGUGAUAAUUGUGACACAGACCUCUAUUCUCAUAAAAAUUCAUUACGAAAUCGAUAUCUUGAGAAGAAAGUGUAUCGAGCAAUAAUAUUUAAACAUUCGACGAUAUUUCGAUAUUUUUCAUACAAUUUCAGAAUUUUAGAAUCGUUCCUCCGGAGAUAUUUUAUUGUUUGAUAUUUCUUUUAUUUUUUUUUAUUUCGUAUCGUAUAAUUUAUACGCGAAUUGAUAUCGGAAGUUGAAACAAUUUUUAUCGUUACACUAUACUUUAUCGCAUUCUAGCUAUUCAUAUUUACUAUUUAUCGUGUAGAGAAUGCAAUUUAAUACGUCGAUUGCCGAUCACGGAUGACAUAGAAUACUUUUCCAACUUCGUUCGUAUCACAUUCGAUUGAAAAACGUGAUAUUUUUCUUCUUUUUUUUUUUGAUAAUGGAAUUUGUAAAUUAAAUUAUUUUUUAUUUUCCUCAUUUCAUUUUUUUGUCUCGCAUCAUAAUAUUUAUAUUUUGCAUUACGGAAAUGUUUAAUCGAACGCACAUAUCUCUCGAACAAAAAUAUUACAUGCGAAUCAACGUUGAAUAAUCAUUUGUCCAAAUCGCGAUAUAUUACGUGCAUUCGAACACGUGACAAAACAGAGAUCGACAAUUAAGACACUUUCUCUCUCACGAACGAUUUAUCGGGCCGAAAUGAUUCCAAGUGGGAUUGAAAUAGCGAUAACGAAUCGGCUAUUGAUUAUCGUUCAGUUGGGGAACCGCUAAUAGAGGGCCAAUAUCCCCGAUUAAUCGGCGCAACAAUCGGGAGAAAACGCGGGAUUCAUACUUAAUUAUGGCGAUCUUUAUUCCAAAUUUCAACGCGCGUAUGAGAAUUUUUAAUUAUUCCUCGUCGUGGAACUAUUGCAUCGUCUUAUAUUUCUCUCUUUAGAAUUUUAGAAUGUUAACUAUAAUACGAAUAAUAAUUGGAAAUAAAAUUAUGGUGAUAUGUCAACUUUUUAUUAAUGGUAAUUAUAAGCAUAGAUGUCUUAUUAGGUCUCUCGUUGAUUUCAAUCGAUUAUUGAAUGAGUGAAAGAUAGGAGUGUUUAGAAAAGAGGAUGCUAAUAAAUUAGUCUGUAUGAUAA